UCAGCUGAACAUUACUGGAUUGCGUCUAGCCGGUACAAAUGGGCCUUAUCAUGGAAGAGUCGAAAUAGAAGUGAAUGAUACAUGGGGCACGAUUUGUUCACGGAAUAUGUAUUACAAAUCAAGAUAUGUUAUAUGUAACAUGCUUGGAUUAAGAUAUACAGGCUGGAAUUCUAAUGCAUACUAUGGAGAAGGUGAAGGGCCAAUAUAUAUCGAGAGUUUGUACUGUAGCAGCACCGCUUACACGGAUAUAAACGACUGCAAAUAUGUCUCAAACAACUAUUAUGGUGCAUGUACACAUGCGAAUGAUCUGUCGGUGGUGUGUCAUGGUCCUGUUUUAAAUGUUACGGAUGUGCGUUUAUCGAAUGGAACAGGACCUAACGAUGGCAGGGUAGAAAUCAAAGUAGACAACACAUGGGGAACUAUUUGUGAUAAAAGCUUUGAUAAUAUAGAUGCAAAGGUUAUCUGUAAUAUGAUAGGAUUAAAAUAUGUACGGUUUUUCAUCGGAGCCCAGUACGGGGAAGGCAAUGGACCAGUCUAUAUUGAUCAACUUUUGUGUGACAAUUAUGAUUAUGUGCUAAGUGACUGCCAGUAUUUGUUCCUCAAUGAUUGUAGCCACAGCAGAGACGUUUCUGUUGUAUGUAAUGAGUGCGGGGAGCCAGACAAGUCUCAUUGGGAUGUUGAUUAUUUUACAUACAAUGGUUCAACUUUGUAUGCUGACUGCUCCUUCUAUAAAACAUAUUUAGGCAUAUUAAAGAUGACUUGUGACAAUGUAACACAGACAUGGGAAACAGAAGGAGAAUGUCAAGAAUACGGCUACCCAUUAGAUAUCACUGAAAUAAGACUGUUAGGAGGGAACUCAACGUCAAAUGGUAGGGUGGAAAUAAAAUCUUUGGACACUUGGGGAACAGUAUGUGACCAUGGUUUCGGUAAAAAUGAAGCAGACACAAUAUGUGCAAUGAUUGGUUUCCCUCCUGCUGCCUCAUUUCACCAUGGUGCCUACUUUGGCGAAGGUUCUGGCCCAAUAUUUGUUGAUGACUUACAAUGUGAAGAUAAUUCUACACAUAUCAACAAUUGUAGUUACGUCACGUAUGAUAAUUGCUUUCACUUCAACGACGUUUCUGUUGUUUGUACUGAAUGCCCCUCACCAAAGCCUUCAAAUGGAAGCAUAAAUUCCUCAUCUACACAUUACCUUGCUGCUGUGACGGUCACGUGUGACGACGGAUACAAUUUGAUUGGUGAUUCUGAAAUACGUUGUGAACUUGAUGCGACAUGGAGCAGCAGUCCAACUUGCAAAUUGAUAGACUGCGACGACCCAACACCUGAGUUUGGAUCUAUUAACACAACAUCUACAACAAACGGAACUGUUGCCAUGGUUUCAUGUGACGAAGGAUAUGAAAUACAAGGUGAAACUGUGAUAAUGUGUCAACCUAGCGAGGAAUGGACAGAUAACCCUUCGUGUAACAUCAAAGAUUGUGAUAUACCAAAUCCUGUCAAUGCAGAAGCGACACUUUCCGAGAAUAAAACAACGUAUGGAGAAACUGCUGUUGUUUCUUGUUAUGAUGGGUAUCAACCAGGUGGUAGUUAUCUUGUUUCCUGCUUAGCUAAUGGAACUUGGGAAACCUGGCCUGAAUGCACAAUAGUUGAUUGCGGGGACCCAACACCCAACCAAGGGGAGUCAAAUGUCACAGUGUUCAUUUAUGGCACUGUUGCUAAAAUUGAGUGUGAACCAGGUUUCAACAUAUCUGGGGAUUCCGUGAUCGCUUGUCAGUCUGAUGGAACAUGGAGUGAAAACCCAAUUUGCGAUACAUCGGACUGUGGCGUAUUGGCUGUACCUAAUGGAGAGGUUGAUGAUUCAUUUGGCACAACUAUUGGUUCAAACGUAAGCGUGACUUGCAACUUGGGUUACAAAUUGAUUGGUCCGAGUCAAAUAACUUGUACGCAAAAAGGUUGGAAUGAAACGGUUGCAUGUGAGAUUAAAGAUUGUGGACAUUUGUCCUUAGCAAAUGGAGAAGUGGUAUUUAAAUCUCAAAGUACUUUGUUUGGAGACAUUGUGGAGUUGUCAUGUGACACAGGAUAUGACUUGAACAGCAGCAAUGUGAUAACUUGCUUAUCAAAUGGGCAAUGGAGUGAAACACCUUAUUGCAAAAUUGUUUAUUGUAAUGAUUUGGAACAGCCUGACAACGGAGUAAUGAGUACCACGAACGGUACAACAUAUAACUCAAGAGCCAGGUUCAGGUGUAACAUCGAUUUCCUUCUUGUUGGUAACGAAACUGUCGCCUGUAAAAGUGAUGGAAAAUGGAGUGGUGAUACACCACGUUGUGUAGCAAAAACACCAAAUGGUGGACGCUGUACUUCAAGCGAGUAUUGUUUACUAGAAGGAUCUGUAUGUGAAAAUAGCGUAUGUGUUUGCAAAACUGACAUUUUCGAUAUGAUAAGCAAGAAAUGUGAUAUAAUGCCCCUUCUUCUGUAUGGGAGCAAUAAUGCAGACAUACGACUAAAGACAACAGAUGAUUGUGGGCCUCGGAUAACCUUUAAUCCUGGAAUACCAGUCUUCGGAAAGACCCAUAAAAAUUUAUACGUUUGCUCCCACGGAAUCGUCAGUUUUGACAAUGCAUAUAUUGGUAAACAUCCUGCAAAAAGAAAAAAAAUAUUAUCAGAUCUCGAAGGUCAAGACGUUUUGGCUCCGUUUCACGCGUCGUUUAGGUUGAAGCAAUCUGGGGGAAUUUACUUCAGGACAUAUGACAUUUUGAAAUCUUAUUCUAACAUAGAAACAGACGAGUCUGUAAAAUAUAUUGACAAAAUUAUUAAAAGAUUAGGAGGAAUUGACAACUUUAAAUCAAAAUUUGCUUUAAUUGCGACAUGGCACAAAGUCAAGCCGCAGAGGAAGCAGUUUGACAGAGAAACGACAUCAACAUUCCAGUUAAUAUUGGCUACAGAUGGAAGUAUUACUUUUACAUUUUAUAUAUACGGACAUGAUCAGAUAAACUGGAUAACAACUAGGUCAAAACCUCGAGUUUGGAUUGGUUAUUCUUUCAGUUCUUCAAAUCAUUUCACACACCCGUUUGCAUAUACAAGGGACAUGUUUAAACGCCUCGAUGCUGCAAGGAAAUCAGGCCCUCGGUCAAAAUCAGACGUAUCUGGCAUAGUCUUUAAGCAAUUAUACCGCAAUGAAAAUAUUAGACAAAAUAACGCAGUUAACUGCAUCAACUGGUAUAACGAGAAUAAAGAUCAAAAAAGAUAUUUUGACUACAUAGCAAGUCUGACCCCAGAAUGUCCUUGUGACAUAAGCUUGUCAAGGUUCGAUCCAUGGUUUUGGCAAAUUGGACUUCAACGGAAUCGCCAAGAUAAAUCAUAUCAUUGUGUUGACAUGCUUCACAGGGGGAACUUUGGACAUUUUGGAAAGUCAUGUUGCUAUGACCUUAAAACAUGGCUGUGGGUUUAUCAGCGCCCUAUUGCUGGUAGUUUCCAACUUUAUCACCCAAAUAUUCAAAAAGAACACUUGAAGCAUGACCUUGAGCCGAAAGAAAAUUGUUGCAUGAAGUCAAAUUACUGCAGUCUGUAUUACUCACUUAGACCAACUGGAAGAUGCUACAGAACCUCUCCUUAUAGAUUUGGAAUCUUUUGGGGAGACCCACAUUUUGCAACCCUAGAUGGUUUGAAUUUCACAUUCAAUGGAAUCGGAGAGUUCGUUCUUUUACACGUCUCGACGGAGAAUAUGACAUUUGAUCUACAGGCGAGAACAGCCAGAACAUUAAAGAAAGACGGUAACCUAACAGAUGCUACUGCAUUUACGGCAUUUGCUGCAAGGGACAAUACCAAUGCAUCUGUACAUGUUGAGCUAAACAAAGCACGGAACGGUUUGAUAAUUUAUGCUAAUCAAGUGGACAUAACAAGUCAAUACAAUGCUGGCUCUAAAAAAGGUUUGGAUGAUAUCUUUACAUAUUCAACUGCCGAAGCCAAUCUUAUUCUAGCACGAAGGGAUAAUGCAUUAAGCGUUCUUUUUCCAACUUCAGGCAUAUCGCUGAACAUAUCUGUUAGUUUACAAAUGUUGUCUAUAAGCGCAAUUAUACCAAAUACAUUGAGAAACAUGACAAGCGGACUUCUUGGUAACUUUGAUGGGAAUCCAUACAACGAUUUGAUGAUGCCUAAUGGCACUGUUAUAAACGCAAAUUCUUCAGAGAGACAAGUAUUUGAUUACGGGAAGACAUGGGAGAUUGAUGAAAAGAAGUCUAUGUUUGUGUAUGAAGAUGGCAAAUCGCAUCAAGAUUAUCAAAAUAAUUCUUUCACUCCAAGAUUUCUGGAUGAGAUUGAUGUUAAUCAACUGGCACAAGCAGAGCAAGACUGUAAUGGUCCCGAGAAUAUUGAAUGUGUUUUUGAUCUCGUAUUCACAGAAAAUAAAGAUGUUGCAAAUGCUACUAGAAUUUUGAAGACUGAAGCGGAUCUGGACAGACAUGAAAUUAAUGAAACUCAACCCCACACUUACUGGAUAGUUGCUGUGAGGAAUAGUAAUGGUCGUUCUUCGCCCGGCAUUGUUAUAAAUGUCCUACUGUGUACUGGCUGUAGUGGACAUGGUGUUUGUUCUAAUGUUAUUAGAGAUGACCAGCAACAAACAGAGUACUUUAAAUAUUCCGAAUGUGUCUGCGAAUCUCCAUAUGAUGGUAAUGAUAACAUGAUUGCAAAAUUCCAGAUAAUGAGAAUGUACAACUCUAAGUGCCAGAGAGCAGCUUAG